AUGAUGUUAGCAAGGGGAGUCUCAUGUCAGUCAGCUCUGGCCAAGAGCCGUCAUUGCCUCCUUGGCUCAUCAAGAGAAGAUGUUCGGACAUUUGAUGUCCGGAGAGUGCAGUUGCCUGUCAGAGGUGGUGAGCUGAGUGCCUUACCUCUUCGGGUGCAGGGGCCCCGGCCCUACAAUGAGAUACCCUUAAAGGGAAACAAUGGUUGGAUGAAUUUGCUCCACUUCUGGAUGGAGAAUGGGAUGCGCAACAUGCAUGUCCGAACCGUACAGAGAUUCCAAGAAUUAGGCCCGAUUUACCGGGAGAAACUUGGCAAUGUGGAAUCUGUCUUUAUUAUCAAUCCUGAUGAUGCUGCUCGCCUCUUUGGGGCAGAGGGACCCUACCCAGAAAGAUUUAGCAUCCCACCAUGGGUGGCUUAUCACACCAUCAUGAAAAAACCUAUUGGAGUCCUGUUCAAGUCCUCUGAAAGCUGGAAGAAGGACCGGGUUUUCCUGAACCAGUUUGUGUUGGCUGUGGACUCAAUGAACAAUUUUGAGCGCCUUCUCACUCCAGUUUCAGAGGACUUUGUAAAGAAGAUUUACAAGGGGAUUGAGAGGAGCAAACAAGGAAAGUUCACGGUGGACCUCAGUCAGGACCUGUUUCGAUUUGCUUUUGAGUCUAUUUGCAACCUUCUCUUUGGGGAGCGUCUGGGAGUCCUAGAAGAUUUUGUGGACCCUGAAGCCCAGAAGUUCAUCGAUGCUGUGUCUACAAUGUUCCACACUAGCGUUCCGAUGCUGAACAUCCCUCCAGAACUUUUCCGUAUGGUCAGAGCCAAGACCUGGAGGGAUCACGUGGCCUCGUGGGACCUGAUUUUUGAUCGAGCUGAAGGUUAUGUACGGAACUUCUUCCAGGACCAGAAAAUGGGACCAAAAGUCACUGAGUGUUAUCCGGGCAUUCUCUACUCUCUCUUGCACAAGAAUGCCAUGAAUUUUGAAGAUAUCAAAGCCAAUGUUAUAGAAAUGAUGGCCGCAGGGGUGGACACGACAUCAAUAACUCUGCAGUGGUGCCUGUAUGAAAUGGCUCGGAACCUAAAGGUACAAGACAUGCUUCGGGCUGAAGUCCUGGCUGCCCAGCGAGAUGCCCAGGGGGAUAUGAAGAAGAUGCUCAAAUCUGUGCCACUUCUCAAAGCUGCCAUCAAAGAAACCCUGAGGUUACAUCCCAUCGCAGUUACCAUACAAAGGUACAUUCCAUCGGAUUUAGUUCUCCAGGAUUACAUGAUUCCUGCCAAAACACUGGUCCAAGUGGCCAUCUUUGCCAUGGGAAAGGAUCCUGAUGUCUUCUCUAAUCCAGAAAAGUUUGACCCCACCAGAUGGCUCCAUAAAGACACCCACUUCCGGGCUCUGAGCUUUGGCUUUGGUCUUCGGCAGUGCCUUGGGCGGAGGAUUGCCGAGUUGGAGAUGACUAUCUUUCUGAUUCAUAUUCUAGAGAACUUCAGGAUUGAAGUCCACAAGAUUUCAGAUGUGGGAACCACCUUUAAUCUCAUCCUGAUGCCUGACAAGCCCAUCUUGUUCACCUUCCGGCCCUUAAAGCCCCAGCUGUAACACAGAGAGACAGACCUCCUGCGUAUUUGUUAUACAGAGAGGCUGAGGAUAACAGGAAGGUAGAUACAGGUAGAGACGUAACAAACCCAAGUAUAUAAUGUAAUGAUUUGACUCCGGGCCAAGAAAAUUAUUUGCCUCUUUAUCCAGGGCUGGAAUUUUUAGCCUGGAGUCUG